UGCCGAGCGAGCGGAUCGUUUUUGUUUAAUUCAGUGAAGACACCACAGAAACGGAAUCUAGUGAGAAUGUACCAGCGUCAGGUCUCCUUUGAUAAGCCAACGCGCGUUGAGGACUCGGCUUAUAUAGUCGAGGGUGUGGACAUUCAGGAGGCCAGGAAUACCUGCCUGCUGUUCUCGCCCAAGGACUCUUCGCUGUCCAGCGGUGCCUUGGCCAAUAUCCUGGGCAUUAAGCAGCAUGACAUUAAUCUGGUGCACAUUGAGUCCCGCUCCUCGCUGCGUGUACCCGGCUACGAGUUUUUCGUGGAGGCCGAUGGCAAAUCUGGGGCUCUGGGCAAAGCUAUAGAUGUGAAGGAGCAGUGCAGCUACUUUAAUAUCAUCUCGGAUUACAAGGAUAAUGAUACUGCAGUGCCCUGGUUCCCACGGCGUAUACGUGAUCUGGAUCGUUUUGCCAAUCAGAUUUUAAGCUACGGUUCUGAACUGGAUGCUGAUCAUCCAGGAUUCACUGAUCCCGAGUAUCGUAAGCGUCGCAAGUACUUUGCUGACAUCGCGUACAAUUACAAGCAUGGUGAACCCUUGCCACAUGUGGCUUAUACCAAGGAGGAGACCGAAACCUGGGGCAUUAUCUUCAGGAAUCUGACUAAGUUGUACAAGACACACGCCUGUCGCGAGUACAAUCACGUAUUUCCCCUGCUGGUGGACAACUGUGGCUUCCGCGAGGAUAAUAUUCCCCAGCUGGAGGAUGUCUCCAACUUUUUGAGGGAUUGCACUGGCUUCACCCUUCGUCCUGUGGCCGGUCUUCUUAGCUCUCGUGACUUCCUGGCUGGCCUGGCCUUCCGCGUCUUCCACUCCACUCAGUACAUUCGUCAUCCCAGCAAGCCCAUGUAUACCCCAGAGCCAGAUGUCUGCCAUGAGCUGAUGGGCCAUGUCCCACUCUUUGCCGAUCCGGCCUUUGCUCAGUUCAGUCAGGAGAUUGGAUUGGCUUCACUGGGAGCCCCAGAUGAUUACAUUGAGAAGCUUUCCACGAUCUUCUGGUUCAGUGAGUAUGGUCUCUGUCGUCAGGAGGGUGAGCUGAAGGCCUAUGGAGCUGGUUUGCUCUCGUCCUAUGGAGAACUGGAAUACUGCUUGACGGAGAAGCCGCAACUCAAGGACUUCGAACCGGAGGUCACUGGCGUCACCAAGUAUCCGAUUACCCAAUUCCAGCCUCUUUACUAUGUGGCCGAUAGCUUUGAAAGUGCCAAGGAGAAGACCAUUAAAUUUGCCAACUCGAUUCCGCGUCCUUUCGGUGUGCGCUAUAAUGCCUACACCCAGAGCGUUGAGGUCCUGGAUUCGAAGCCUCUUUCGAAUCUGAUGGACAACAUCAACUCCGAGUUCCAGAUCCUGCAGAAUGCCAUCACCAAGCUGCGCGUCUAAGCCAGCGGACUUCUGCUACUUUACAUUACUCCCCUGUCUAUAUACAUAUAUUGUUAGGAAAGAUUUGAAUAAUAAAUGCCAUGAAAUUAGUCGUCUUAUGUAA